CACAUACACACAUUGUAUCAUUUGUAAUUAGAUUAAAUUGCUUAUGGCUAAUUUAUUUCGAAGAUUAUCAUGCCGUCGAUUGUUGGAUGUUUUGGACUUCAAGGAAUUAUUUGAACAAGUAACAGUCUAAUCCAUCGAGAUUUGACUUUUCGUGUAUUUUCACCAUAAAAGUGUCGGAUCAGUGCAGGAAGACUUGCCAUUGCCGCUGCUUGCUUUGCUGGGCUGCGUUCUUCUGCAACCGUUGGUCCGCAAGCAUUCUGAGGGAAGAUGGUUGAAGAUGAUUUUGUGGAAGAAUAUCAGGAAGUUUACGAGUCUUCAAACAUCAAGGUUGAACCGUGGAAGCCGGCAGCACUUACCUGGCAGCGGAAAUUAAACUCUGAAGGAAAUUUUCCACUGGAGUUCACCUUAACUUUAAAGGAGACACUUCAUAUGCUUCCUAUUGGUUAUCGGAUAUGGCGCCAUGUUCAAGAAGAAGCUGCUAGAGGAAGAGGAGUGCUUAUUGAUCCUUUUGCCAAACGUCAUGUAACAUCUCAUCACGGUGUUCCAUUAGGUGGUAUUGGUGGAGGAAGCAUUGGAAGGAGUUACAGGGGUGAAUUUCAGCGUUUGCAGCUGUUCCCCAGAAUAUGUGAAGAGAAGCCAAUUUUAGCUAAUCAAUUUUCUGUUUUUGUCUCGCGUUCAAAUGGUGAAAAAUACUCAAGUGUACUAUAUCCAGGAAAGCCAGAUAGUUUGAAAGAAAGUCCAGUUUCAGGAAUUGGAUUGUGGGACUGGAAUCUGAAUGGACAAAAUUCUACAUAUCAUGCGUUGUAUCCAAGGGCCUGGACAGUAUAUGAGGAACCAGACCCCUUGUUAAGAAUAGUUUGUCGUCAGAUUUCACCUGUCAUACCUCACAAUUAUAAGGAGAGUAGCUAUCCUGUAUCAGUUUUUACUUUCACGCUGAAUAAUUUUGGCAAAACAUCAGCAGAUGUCACCCUGCUUUUCACAUGGGCUAAUUCUGUUGGAGGACUUUCUGAAUCUACAGGUUAUCACACAAAUACGAAAAUGAUGAUGAAUGAUGGGGUGCAUGGGGUGCUUCUUCAUCACAUGACUGCAAACGGGCAGCCUCCAGUCACAUUUGCAAUUGCAGCAGAAGAAACUGAACAUGUUCAUGUCUCAGAAUGUCCUGUUUUUGUCAUAUCUGGUGCUUAUGAUGGGAUCUCAGCUAACGAUAUGUGGCAAGAAAUUAAAAAGCAAGGGUCCUUUGAUCGUCUGAGUUUUCCUGAAGCACCUGUACCUACAGAAUCAGGAUCAUCUAUCGGAGCAGCAAUUGCAGCUACUUUAAAAAUUCCACCAGAUGCACAACGCACUGUCACAUUUUCAUUGGCAUGGAACUGCCCUGAAGUGAAGUUUCCUAGUGGAAGGACUUAUUACAGGCGUUACACUAAAUUCUAUGGUACUAAUAGAGAUUUUGCAGCAGAUAUUGCACAUGAUGCCAUUCUUGGGCAUAGCCAAUGGGAGGCCCAGAUAGAAGCAUGGCAAAGACCAAUUCUUGAGGACAAGAGGUUUCCUGAAUGGUAUCCAAUCACCCUUUUUAACGAGUUGUACUACCUAAAUUCUGGGGGGACAAUUUGGACAGAUGGUUCACCUCCAGUGCAUAGCCUGACCAGCUUAGGAGGGAGAAAAUUUUCCCUGGACCGGAAUAGAUCAAAUUCAGGGGAAAAUAAUCAUAUAUCAAAUCAAAAUGAUACUGCCAUUAACAUUCUUGAAAGUUUUAGUUCAGUAGCUGAGCAAAUUCACACUUCUCAUGCAUCAAAUUCUGCAUUAGGAGUGAAGCUGCUCCAAGAUGGGGAAGAAAACGUUGGUCAAUUCCUUUAUCUCGAAGGCAUUGAAUAUCAGAUGUGGAAUACCUAUGACGUUCACUUCUAUUCAUCUUUUGCACUAGUCAUGCUCUUUCCUAAACUUGAACUCAGCAUCCAAAGAGACUUUGCUGCAGCAGUAAUGAUGCAUGAUCCUGUAAAGAUGAAACUUCUAGAAAAUGGCGUGUGGGUUCCAAAAAAGGUUCUUGGUGCUGUUCCUCAUGAUAUUGGAAUCAAUGAUCCGUGGUUUGAAGUAAAUGGCUAUAAUAUCUAUAACACAGAUAGGUGGAAAGACCUGAAUCCUAAAUUUGUUCUCCAGAUUUAUAGGGAUGUGGUUGCCACUGGUGAUAAAAAGUUUGCACAUGCUGUUUGGCCAUCUGUUUAUGUUGCAAUGGCUUAUAUGGACCAAUUUGACAAGGAUGGUGAUGGAAUGAUUGAGAAUGAAGGCUUCCCUGAUCAAACUUAUGACACAUGGUCUGUGUCUGGUGUAAGUGCAUAUAGUGGUGGACUAUGGCUGGCUGCACUAUUGGCAGCAUCAGCCUUGGCACGUGAAAUUGGUGACAAGGGUUCUGAAGAUUAUUUCUGGUUUAAUUUUCAGAAAGCUAAAGUUGCAUAUGAAAAAUUAUGGAAUGGCUCUUACUUCAAUUAUGACAGUAGCGGAGGAUCUUCGAGUUCAUCCAUUCAAGCUGAUCAAUUAGCUGGACAAUGGUAUGCUAGAGCAUGUGGUCUUCCACCAAUUGUUGAUUCAAACAAAGCUAGAAGUGCACUUCAAAUGGUAUAUAAUUAUAAUGUUAUGAAAGUAAAGGAUGGGAAACGGGGUGCUGUAAAUGGGAUGUUGCCUGAUGGAAAAGUUGACAUGUCAUCGAUGCAAUCCAGAGAAAUAUGGUCAGGGGUCACAUACGCUGUAGCUGCAGCAAUGAUCCAGGAAGAUAUGAUUGAUAUGGCUUUUCAAACUGCAAGUGGAGUAUAUGAAACUGCAUGGUCUGACCAUGGACUUGGAUAUUCUUUUCAAACUCCUGAAGCCUGGACCACUAAAGAUGAGUACAGAUCUCUGUGUUACAUGCGCCCUUUAGCCAUAUGGGCAAUGCAAUGGGCAUUGUCAAGAACAAAGCAAAUGCACUAUGAUGGUAAAUCUGAUGAGAAAGAAAAUGCAUUGUCUAGAUACCAUGAUGAUGGUUUCUCAAGAGUUGCUCACCUCUUAAAGGUGAAAGAGGAGCCAUCACCCAGGAGUCUGUUUCAGGUUAUAUUUGAUUACACUUGCAAGAGGAUGCUGUAAGCAUGGCUCCAAUCCAUUUCAUUGGCUUCUUUGUACCAUGUAUAUUGAUUGGGAAUGAUCCUGCCUUGUCUUGGUGGUAAAAUGAUCUUCAUUUUGAGUAAAUCUGAUCUUUUAUUAAUUUGGAUAGUUUA